GAAAAGCUUUUCGUUGCAUAUGUCGGCACAGGGACAUUGUCACCCUUCAUUUCCUGACAAGAAACGCCGUGACUGAUGCCUCGUUGCUAGUGUAACGGCUAACUGGCUUUAUGUGACUUCCUCCUGGAGCUCCAUGUAAUGCGGCCGUACUUCUUUUGAGAAAAAAUAGGUUCGUUUUGAAACCCCGGAUCCCGGGUGGACGUUUCGCUCGAAGACAAGACAAAGACAUCGGAACAAAGUUCUGGGGGAUUCGUGUGUGUCGUGGCUAACGUCAGUCGUGUGAAACAGGAAACCAUUCGUUUUUACGAGACAAGAUGGCGUCGAACAAAGCGCUUGGGAAGAAAAUGUCUCUCUUGGAAGAGGAGCUGCGAGGACCUGUCAAGGUGAUGGACACGUAUGACCCGAUCUUCGACUCCGAAUCCGAGGAUGAAGACUGCUUGUAUACGGUCAUUGAUGUCGCCGCUGAUGAAUACCGGCAAGCACUGAACAAAACCAGUUGCUUUUCCGGUGCCACCCCACCACCGCAGAAGUCGCACCUAACGCUCGACGAGUUUACCAAGCUCGCGAAAGAAAUUCUGAACAGUUACUUCGUGAACCGUGAAACAUUCGACCUGUCCAAGGCGCUAGAGGAACUCAACUGCAACCAGUACCUCGACUCCUUUCUAGUGCUCGCGAUCCAGUCGUCUCUGCACCGGUCAACGGACGAGCAGAGAUGCAUCUCGGCAUCUCUCACACUUCUUGUCGACAAGCACAUCGUCAGCAAGCAGCAGAUGGUUCGAGCGUUCGAGAAACUGAUCCAGUCUGCAAGCGACAUCAACGUGGAUUCGCAACUCAAUCCGGAUCGAGUGUAUCUGUUCCUCGAUUGCGCCGUUCUGGACGGAUGCGUUGAUGAAAGCUAUGUGCGGCGUUUGCCGGAGAAGUUCCUGGCCGCGCUGUCUCGUGAAACUCUCGAAGGGAAUCGACACCUGGUAGACGCUCUUCGAAACUUGAAAUCCUUCAAGGAGGCUGUCAGGAACUUCUUGCCUGACUUCUUCAACUCCGGAAGCGUGGAAGAAAUGAAGAUUUUCCUGGACGAGCAGCGCCAGCCCCUCCUCCAGCACGAAUUCGUCAAGAUGGUCGUUGAGUCAGCAUUCUCCAAGGAAAACGAACACCGCGAGAUGGUCAGCAACGCACUGGAUCGGCUGUACGGGAAGGUGCUGAAACCGGAUGACAUCCAGCUUGCUUUCGCGCGUCUGGUCGGCGAUGUCGAUGACUACUCUCUGGACAACCCGGACGUGUACUAUCUUCUUGCGAAAUUUCUGGCACGGGCUGUUGCCGACGAGAUUUUGCCGCCUUCUUUCCUGCUUGACCGGUACCGCCUGAACUACGGCGGCGAUGCGGGCGUGCAGGUCUUGAAAAAAGUGCAAAAGUGGCUUGCCGAGCAAAAUGGGAAAGGCAUCAGUGUGAGGCUGCGAAAGGUCUGGACGGGGACCGAUCCAGACAACGCAGAGGCAUGCGAAUUCAAGGCGCGUGUGCGGGAGUGUCUAUACGAAUAUUUCGACAGCAACGACAAAAAGGAAGCCGCCUGCAUUCUUCGCGAGCUCGAGCUGUCCCCCGACCAGGCAGCGGAAAUGGUUCGGAAGCUUCUUGUCAUAGGCAUGGAGAAGGCUGCUGUGGGGGAGCGUACGACUGAGAACGUUUUCGCGUUGCUCCGUUACUUGUUGGAGCGGACUGAUAUCGACGAGGAAAUGAUUCAGAAGGGCUUUGAGCAGACGCGCAACAUGGCCGAGGAGAUCAAACUUGACAUUCCUGACAUGGAUCGACGAUUCCCGCAACUUGUGGAAGAGGCGAAGAAGAGAGGCAUGCUGUCGGCUGAGUUUUAAGGGGCAUCUUGUCCGCGUUCACACUUGUGAACUUCGUCGAAAGAAAGUGCUGGAUAUUUAAGCACGCGACGUCGCUAUAGUCUUGUGCACAUCCUUCCGGCGCCCUGCGUGUUCCCCGACUGUGUGUGAAUUUCUUAGGGGGAAUGCAGUGCGUGUUCCCGCGUAAGCCCCCAAAAUGUGAGUUUCCACGGCCAAUAGCUCUCCAGAUUGUCCGUUGAGGGAGGCGCAUUUUUAAGCUGUAUGUGUGGCCAUUCAGCGAGCCUUCAGAGUUGCUUUUCCCCGUAAACGAGAGCCUCUGUCCAACCGGGAGAGUUUCUCCGAGUUUUGGUUUUUGCGACGAGCUGUCUUCGGCGUCCAUACUGCCCAUACACGCCAGGAGCUGCAGUCAAGUGUCACGCUACGUUUUGUGGUAUCGUGGCAGUCCAAAAGCGGACCAGGGCAGGUCGGCACCCGGUGGGUUGUCAAGAAGCUGCACGACGAUAUCGGCUACACAGGAGUGUGCAGUCCAUUGUGAUUCUUAGCAGUGUUUUCUUUGCCGGUCUAGGCAGCCACCGUUGUGUCGGGUGGGUGAGCAAGAUUAGGAACGAGUUUUCUUUGUUCAUACGGUUAGCGCAUUUUUGGCGGGCAAGGUGUGAUAGGUUCUUGACUGUUACGGUGCGUUAGGGUCGAGUCAUGCCUUGCGUUAUCUCGAGAUCUCGUGCUUCGGUUGUUUCUGUCUUUGCUGCGAAACGUCCACGUCGGAUCAUUGGUCACCGCAAUUGUUCCUAGGCUCCCCGUUCACGAUGUCGCUUCUAUGGUGAAAUGCUGAGUCUGGUGCCGCCCCCUACGGAGCAAGGUUGUUCUUGGAUGAUUUCAGCGGUGGGGGGACAGCAGCCGAAAGUAUUUGCCUCGUGGGAAAGACUUGGCUGCAAACGCCUCCUUGACCAACCUUGUCUAUCCUUUCCCGACAUCAUAGUGGAAUCAGUAAACCUCAUAGUCUGCUCG